AUGCUUACUUUACUCUUCCCACUGUUCAUCAGUAUGCUGCUGAGCUUUUUCCGACCGUGCGAGGGCUCCCCAACAUAUCAGGACGAAUAUCGAAAUAGCAGCUACGUACCAAAUGUUAUCGAAACAUCAUAUGGCUUCCAGAUUGUCGCACCAGCUACUCCUUAUGUAGCAGCAGCCGGCCGAAACCAGCUAUACUUUAUCGACACCCGUUUUGAUAAUGACACCGCUCAGCAUAUCAAGAAUCAAAUUGAGAGAGCAACUAUACCAAUUCCAGACGAGUACACCGCGAUAGACGAGAUUACGGCCACAGCAGAAAAGAGAAAUAGGAAAACUGGCGAAACGACAUUUGUAUUCGAUCCUCCCUACGCUAGGGUUAUGUUCGCCAAGGGAAUGAACAAGCGCAACCCAGAGAUCAAACUACCCGAGCAUGAGCCUCCUGGCGAUUGGCUAGUGACAUACGAUCUGGAUGAGAUAACAGUGCUAGAGGCUUAUAUCUCAGCAGGCAGUAACUUGACAAGCCGGGUCACCAAACGGGUGGUAUGCUCGAAUUUUGGAUGCUACACCGACGCCCACUGCUUACAACAAUCCACAGCGUGUGUCCUCUGCCAUGAAUACAGAGUUGACAACGAGUGUGACGCGGGCCGCAAUAUUAAUGCUAUUGGGUCAUGUAUUCGGCUUUGUACGAAGGUUGUCGACACACCAAAGGAAGAUGGUCAGACCGAUGCCAGCUACUAUGCACGGAUGGACAAGUUGCACUGGCAUUAA